CCCCCCUCCUCUUGAACCCUUUCUUCCUCCUCCCCCACCGCCUCCAAUCCCCCGCAAUUCCCUCCCUCCCUCUCAUCUCUCUCUCUAGCCUUCCCGUAGGAUCCCUAGUUAGCAUUCCUCUUCUCUUCCCUUCGCCCAUCUCCAAUCCCAAAGACGCAGCUGCUAGCUCGCAGAAUCCAUACCCUGCUCUGUUCUUGCUGGCUCUGCUCCUGGCUUGACUUCUUCCCCUUGCCACGGACAGAGGAGUACGGCAGCCGCUGUAGAAUCCUUCCGUCCCCUAUUUUGUUCUUGGUGUUUUCAUAUACGCGCAGCUCCAGUCGAGUCCAUCCCAGGUGGGGGUGGGGGCGGCCAUUAGUUUUCCUUUCCUCUUUGGAGUUUGCCCAUGUCCCAAGGUCUCUGCUGCGGCUCUGCUUAGCGCCCCGUUUGCCCCUCGGAAAAGGAAGAAAAACUUGCCGCUUCCUCGCUACCUUUUCUCCGUCUUCCUCCCCGUCUCGCCGCUUUCAUCGGCCGAGAAGGAAGGGAAUUCCUCGGUUGACCAGCAAUCUUGCGGGGUUUAGGGGUUUAGGAAGGAAUUCAUUCGGUUCUUGUGGAGCUGUGGUUGCGGCGGCGGUGGAGUUCAUUGAUUGAUCGGAGGGGAAGAGAGGAGCUGGAGUAAAUUCUCGGCUUGAGCGGUGGUGGUGGUUGAGGGGGCAUUGGCGAUGACGUCGUCCUGCAUACCCACGGGGCUGCGGCUGGACCUGGACAUGGUGAAGGCGGCGGCGUCGCCGGGGGCGCACGCGCACUCGUCGCCGCUGAGGCCGGCGCACUCCUCGCCGUCCUCCACGCUCUCGGAGGCCUCCAACGCGUCCUCCUCGGCCACCUCCGUGUCGCUCAAGCGCGCGCGGGCGCCGCGGAAGCGCCCCAACCAGGCCUACAACGAGGCCGCCGCGCUGCUCGCCUCCAUCCACCCCUCCGUCUUCCCCGUCAAGAAGAGCCCCAAGACGGCCACGGCGCCGCGCCCGCCGCUCUCGGGCCUCGCCGUGGCCUUCGGCGCCGCCGCCCCGUCCUCCUCCGACCUCCUCCCGCCGCUCCCCGUCCUGUCCGACGCCGCAUUCCUCCUCCGCGACCACGCGGCCUCGCCCUCGCCGCCGCCGCACAGCCCGUCCGCCGACGCCUGCAAGAACUGCUCGUCCCCGACGCCCGUCAGCAGCGCGUUCCGGGACUUCCGCGACCCGGCGCCGUCGCCGGCCAGCCCCGACACCGCCACCGACGAGCCCGGCGAGCUCGACUUCGACGACGACGGCUUCGACGCCGAGUCCAUCCUCGACGUCGACGAGGCCGCGGCCGGCGGCGCCGCCGAGGGCAUCGACGGCAUCAUGGGGAGCCUCACCAUGGAGGCCAACACGCCCACCGCCACGUCCGACGACUCCAUCCUGUCCAGCUCCGGCAUACACCCCUACCUCAGGAGCCUCAUGGUCGUCGGUCUCGCUGGCCGGUUCGAGCUCGGCCUCGGCUCCCGGCAAAGCACCCGCCCCAACCUCAACCGCGCCCUCAAGCGGCGGGACGACGACGGCGCCUGGUGGAUGUGGCCUGCCGUGCCGGUGAAGGACAUCACGGUCACACCACCGUCGCCACCACCGACAGAACCUGCAGCGGCAGUGUCCAACACCGCAAUGCCGCCGCCGGCGUCGGCAGCACCAGAGAAGAAAAAGAGCAAGAAGAAGAAGAAGGUGAAGAUGGAGAAGGUGAUGGCCAAGGAGGAGGAGCUGUCCAAAGCAAAAUGCGAGGAGGGGGCCGAUGGAACACUGGACGCGGCGGACGGCAAUGACGACGAUGACAGCGCGCCGACAAAGGCGCCGAAGACUGGCCUGGGGCUGAAGCUGGACACCGACGACGUGCUCAAGGAGUGGUCCGGCAAAGGGUCUAUGUUCGCGGAGGGCGGCGCGCCGGAUUCGUCGGAGUCUGCCGCCGAAGUGCGGGUGAGUACUUGGUUUCUCUGAAUUUUUUCUUCCUCUUGCGUGCAGCAGGAGACUGCAACAUAAUUUUGAUGAGCUAACAGUAACUCAAAUUUUCAUUUCAGUUUGUUAUUUAAGUCAAAACAAAUCUCAUUUACACAAAAUUUGACAAUCCCUGUAGAUGAUGUUACCUCUUCUAUGACACUCUUACUACAUCAGCUAAAUUACAGACAUGUUUUCAAACUGAUAUGAGUUACUCUGAAUGUGUUUUCUGAUAGAAGAUUGUAUUUCAGUUCCACCACCAUAAUUGCCUCGUACAUCCCCAUUUCUUCCGACAUGUUAACUCCUUUUGCUAGACAAACAGAAGAAUUUUGCCUCUUGUGAAUUGCUUUCUUCAGCAAAGAAAAAGGGACACCCCACAACUAGAAACCACAUGCUUGAUAAGUUGAUACGCAACUGCCAUAUUGUGGAACUGGUAUCAACUAUUAAGCCCAUAAUAAACUAGGAAAAUUGUUUAUCCAACUGAUGGUCCCUCACAAAGCCACAACUCACAAGAAGUACCCAGUCCUGUACUACUGCAUAUCUGUAAGUACACACCUUUUAAGAGUACCACUGAUAAUCCAGUAACCCAUAAAAUCGAAGUAGUAAAAAUAGUUUAUAAGGAAAAAAAUAACUAAAUAGCGAAUCCUGGCAAACCUAACCCUUAGAUUUCAUGAGCUGAAUUUAGCUCUAAGUCCAGUGAACACAUGAGUUUUAUUUAUUUUUACAUUCUGCUAAACUUGUGGGUGAAUAACGGUAGAAAUUGUUCAAAAAUAACUGUUACAAAUUGGAUAAACUAGAUUCAACCAUUCCAUUAUGCUCAAUUAUUCAACAGUGGACCACAGGCAAUUGAGCCUGGAGAUUUCCUGCCAUAGAUUACAUGUUUGUCUUGUUGCUGAGAGUCACUUGGGCUCAAAUUUGGUGCCUUUUGGGCCAGUGAUAGAGCAGCUGCAACAAACUGUUAGCCCCAAUUCAGUUGGCUUUUCUGCAAUUUGCUCUGAUAGAUGGCAAGACUUGCAGCUGUCAUAAGUGGCAAGAAUCAUUAUGCAGAUCUGUCCAGCUUCUUUGUACCUUGUAGUUUGGACACACGAUGGCAUCAUUACUCACCUUACGAUUUACGACACGGUUUAAUAACAAUG